UCUACCAAACCAAGGUACUAUUAGACCACAUCCUCGUCUCUCGCGCUGGAACCGAGCCGAAGAGCAUUUAGGUAAACCGGAUUUUCUCUACCGACCAAACCGUAAUGGCAGCACUGGCCGGACGCGAAAAUAUUACUUACAAGCCAGCAAAAGUGACUGACGGACGGACGGCUCGACUGGCUGGCUAGCUGACUGACUUGUCGUAUGAACUGUGCGGGUUCGGUUGGUUUCACACUCGGUGGUAGCUGUCAGAAAGACCAGUUUUGCUUUUGCGAAAAAAACAGCAGUUUUGUGUGGUUCGGUACUUUGGAUUGGUUGAUGGUCGUCGACGUCGGGUUGUUGCUAAAAUUCUGCUGCUAAAUCAGCAUUAUGCUCUAACCAUCAUCUCCCUAUAUAGGUGGUACUACAAAGGGGUAAACCAAGUGCGUAUGUUGGAUUAAAACCGUAUUGGUCCAAGGUUAGCGAAAUUAGGUGUCUGGGAAAAAAGUUUAUGGUGAUUUCUUUCUUUCGUUUUUUUUUCGUGUAUAAAUGAAGAGAGCAUUGGCUAUUUCCAGGUGAAAUAGUUCUGGGCUGAAAAAAUUCCGUGUGUGUCUGAUAGAAGAAAAUUAGUGUCUGAACAAGUGUGUCCAAUCCAAGCACGUUCCGGAGUAGGAAACAUCAGGAAAAAAGUUAUCUUCCGAAGAGGGGCGAAGAAAAAGAAGACCCCACUGGCAGGUUUUCAACUUUUCCAGGUUGAGAGCAAACACCAAUAAUUGCUCGGACUACGCAGUGGAUUUCGAAUUGUGCGAGAAAGCAUCCAGAAGAAGGAGUCCUGUUUGUCUGGUGUGGAGUGCUGUUUCAGAAUCGGUGUGUAGUCGUGUGUGGGGAUCUUCUGAUGGGAUCGAUGUGUGUUGAUUAGAUUCUUUUGUGGCACCUUUGGGAGUUUUUCUCUGCCCAUAAAAACGAAGAGAAAAGAAAUACACAACAACACCACGAGAUGGCGUGUCUGAAUACGCUCAAGCAGGAAAUCAAGACAUUGGAGCAGAUCUUCACCAAAACCCACGAGCGGUUCCGGAUCCUGAAUGCCUCGGUCGACGAGCUGAGCUGUCGAUUCAUUGGCCGAAAUGGCAAACAGUAUGACAUCCAUGCCAACAUUACGGAAACCUACCCCUCCACCCCACCAGUCUGGUUCGCGGAAAGCGAGGAAACUAGUAUAACCAACGCCGUACAAAUACUUACAAAUACCCGUGGCCACGAUAAUCACGUUAUAAAUCAGGUUGAUAUACUAUUACGAGAGUUAUGCCGGCUUCACACAGUCCCGCUGCCGCCGGAUCUGGACAAUCUGGCGAUACCGUUCCAGCAUCACCCACCCGGCACACCUUCCCCGCUGCAGCUAGCAUACCUGCAAGGAAGUGGAGGCGGCGGCGGAGGCCAUCAUCAUCUGCAGCACCUGCAACAGCACCAACAGCAGCAAGCCCAGCAACAGCAGCAGAUAGACGAAAUAGAUUCAGACUGUGAUGACAUCGAGGAUGUGGUGGGCGAAAGCGAUCAGGACAGCGAAGGCGAGGAGGAUCUUCCGCUGGAAAUGGACGACGGACGGAGUACAGCCAAGAAAGACGAAAUGGAAGUAGAACAUCUCGCAACUCUAGAAAGACUAAGGCAAAGUCAACGACAAGAUUAUCUGAAGGGAUCAGUCUCCGGUUCGGUACAGGCGACCGAUCGGCUGAUGAAGGAACUGCGGGACAUCUACCGGUCCGAUUCGUUCAAGAGCAACAUGUACUCGAUAGAGCUGGUCAACGAUUCGAUCUACGAGUGGAACAUCCGGCUGAUGUCGGUCGACCCGGACAGCCCGCUGCACAACGAUCUUGUCCUGCUAAAGGAGAAGGAGGGCAAGGACAGCAUCCUGCUUAACAUCAUCUUCAAGGAGACGUAUCCAUUCGAGCCACCGUUCGUUCGGGUCGUUCAUCCGAUGAUUUCCGGUGGUUACGUACUGGUGGGUGGUGCAAUCUGUAUGGAGUUGCUCACGAAACAAGGCUGGAGUUCAGCGUACACGGUCGAGGCAGUCAUAAUGCAGAUAGCGGCCACUCUAGUCAAGGGUAAAGCCCGAAUACAAUUUGGUGCGACAAAGGGCCAGUACAGCUUGGCGCGAGCACAGCAGAGUUUCAAAUCGUUGGUCCAAAUCCACGAGAAGAACGGCUGGUUCACUCCGCCAAAGGAAGACGGAUAAAAAGCAAAUCGAACGGGGUUAAGCAGCAGCAAUCGGAGCAGCAGUAAACCAGCAAACUAUCCUAACCUUUACAGUAGCAUACAGCAGUGUUAAGACAAGAUCCGACCAGAAGCACAGAGACAACAGCAGUAGCAGAUAAGGCCCAGCCAACACACAGAUUGAGAAAAACAACAAGCCAGCAACAAGAAUGAGAUGUAGGGAUGAAUUAGUAAUUCGGUUAAUUACUUACAUCGGAAAUUUGGAAUGUCAGUAGCAUGACCAGCCAGAGAAACACGUUCUUCCGUUUUUUUUUCUAUUUUAUAUUUUCAACCGAAAGAAAUAUUUAAUAGUUACAGAUCAUGUUUACAAUUCAGGUUUGAAGAGCAGUUUCCAGAAGCUACAAAAGUAUUGUCCCUUAUUUGAAACAGUAAAAUCAAAAACCAAUGUUGCAAAGAUCUCCGUUAGCCAGACUGGUUCGUCCUUUCAUUCUCCAGCAGAAAAAAAUCUCUGGGCGCUCUGGGCAUCCGCAGCAGUUAUUUAGUUUGCUCAAAUAAAUUGAGUAUUACAUGCCGCAAGAUAAAUAAAAACAAAAAAGUUAUAAAAACAAUUCUAGAAAAUAAGAAAUAGCAGAUAAAUAAUAGUGUGAACAAGAGAAACCAAGAGUGAUCGUCCAGCAAAUGUGCUUAGUAGCUUGAUUUUUAGGUUCGAUUCGCAUCGGUGUUUGCGUAGUUCUGUCUAUGCAUGAAUGGAUUAUUUUAUAAAUGAAAGCUUCUAUACAUGUGUAGAUUGUAUAACUGAAUGACUGGAAAUGAAUUUGGAUGGUGAAUCUAUGAGCGUGCGAAUGUGGGAAGAAACUAGUUUAAUAGUAGAUCAUUUUGACGAGAAAAAAAAACAGUUCGUUCUAAACAAACAUAUUUUGAGAAUGUUGGAAAAACGUCAGACAACAGCAAAUGUAAAAUAGUAUAAAGGAAGAAUUACUUCAAAUUACGUCUCUCGAGAUUCUUCUCCAUGCGUAUGGAUAACAGAUUCGUAAUUUUCGAGUGUUCAAAAGUAUAGAAAAAAAAAUCUAGCAAAAAUUGCAUACGAGUUGCAGUUUUUUGCCAACACCAACUAAUGAAGAGAUAAUGAAAACAGUACAGAGACGCCUAGAUAUGUGUUGAUUAAGACAUAAGUGACAGUUUCUCUUAAAGAGGUCAACUUUCAUUAUCAACUCUAAGCGAAUGAAUAAGGUAACCCGCAACUGUACCAUCGCGUGUUAGAAAAGCAGUGUUAGGAAGUUCAACGCCAUCUACCAACUACUACCACAAACUGCAAUAAUCGAUUCUUUGUAAUCGCUGAACAUACAAAAUCGCUCCUUUCAGGCGAGUUUUGUAUUCAUUGAACAGAUACGGCAAAUCUUAAGACGAAAAAUUACUGAAAACUGUAUAAAACUAAAAAUACUAUCGAAAAUAUCGGUUCGAAAAUAUAACUCAACCCGAACUCUAUGCUAUCAGAAUAUUCUCAAGUACGACAUACGAGAAUAGUUUUAUCGAAAUUUCAAAUUAAAUAAAAAAAAUGAGAACUCAAUAUUUUUUAAUUCCUAGUUUCCUAUCGCAAUGCACACAAUUUUCAAAAAUGUCCAGUUUUUAAACAUGGGAACUAUCUAUUUCUCGAACAAGAAGUGUGCGUUUCUGACAUACAAAUAGUUUUAUCUCUGGUCGUCAAGUUUUGUUUCAUUCGUUCAUUAGACUGUGACAUAUGUAAAGAAUAUAACUAAAAAAAAACAAAUGAACAAGUAAAACAAACCGAUAUAAAUAUUGAAUUGGAGUGCAGAAGUGCGUAGAGUGCGUAAUGAUUAACGAAGAAAAAAAAACGAACAGAAUCAGAAACAAACCAACAACAACAAAAAACAUCCAUGAAAAUAAUAAAUGAAAUGAUAAAAAAAAACAAAUGAAUAAAAUAGUUUAUAUUGAUACAAGUAAUAAAUAAAUUUCAGGAAAGAAAACUAAAUGCUCUAA